GGUUUCCAGUUGCGUCAGCGCAGUAGAGUUCAACGGUCAAACGGCUGCUUUUAUGCCUCCGAGAUCUUGCCUGUGGGUUUCUGCCACUUUUCCUCCUUCCUCCUCUUGACUGAGCAGCCAUGAACUGGGCUACAGGCAUUCUGCGGGCCUUGCCAAGAGCAAGUGCAGCGGGGGUGAGUUUCUGGGGCCCAGGAGUGGCUCUGCGGCCCUGGCAUGCAGUGCCCCUCAGCAGCCCCUGGACCUUGACACCUGUGUCCAAAAUGGCAACCGUGAAGGGUGAGCUUAUAAAGAAUUUCACCUUGGAAAAGCCCGUUUGUCACAGUAAAGUCUCCAUUAUAGGAGCCGGAUCUGUGGGCAUGGCCUGCGCUGUCAGCAUCUUGCUAAAAGGCUUGACUGACGAACUUGCCCUUGUGGACGUUAGUGAAAAUAAACUGAAGGGCGAGGUAAUGGAUCUUCAACAUGGCAGCCUUUUCGUGAAAAUGCCCAAUAUCAUUUGCAGCAAAGAUUACCGUGUCACCGCCAACUCCAGCCUAGUGAUUAUCACAGCGGGUGCACGCCAGGAAAAAGGAGAAUCACGCCUCAAUUUAGUCCAACGAAAUGUAGCCAUCUUUAAAUUAAUGAUUCCCACUGUCGUGCAGUACAGCCCCCACUGCAAACUGAUUGUCGUUUCCAAUCCAGUGGAUGUCUUAACUUUUAUGUCCUGGAAACUAAGUGCACUCCCCAAAAACCGUGUUAUUGGAAGUGGUUGUAAUCUGGAUACUGCUCGUUUCCGUUUCUUAAUGGGCCAAAAGCUUGGUAUCCACUCUGAAAGCUGUCAUGGGUGGGUUCUUGGAGAACAUGGAGAUUCAAGUGUUCCAGUGUGGAGUGGAGUGAACAUCGCUGGUGUCCCUCUAAAAAAGCUGAACAUGGCAAUAGGAACUAAUAAAGAUCCUGAGCAGUGGGAAAAUGUUCACAAAGAAGUGAUCACCAGUGCCUAUGAAAUUAUUAAAAGGAAGGGUUACACUUCUUGGGCCAUUGGCCUAUCUGUAGCUGAUUUGACGGAAAGUAUUUUGAAGAACCUAAGGAGAGCACAUCCAGUUUCCACCCUAAUUAAGGGCCUCUACGGAAUAGAUAAAGAAGUAUUCCUCAGUGUUCCAUGUAUCCUGGGAGAAAAUGGCAUAUCAGAUCUUAUAAAGAUAAAGCUGACCCCUGAAGAGGAGGCCCGUUUGAAAAAGAGUGCAGAAACCCUUUGGGAGAUUCAGGAGAAGCUUAAGUUUUAAAAUCCAAAGCCAUCAUUCUGAAAUUAUUGAAGAUAAGAUAGUAGAUAUGAGAUUGUACUAUAUAUGCUGAUGGUACUUAACCUUUUUAUAAUUCCUAAGUGACUACAUCCAAGAAAAUACCUAGUUUCUCUGAUGUACUUGUAUUAUAAGUAUAUGUAAGUGUGUAAGUGCCAUCUGGUCUAGAAAUAAAUACAGUAUUAGUAAUGUUCUAAUUUUUAUUAAAUAAAUGCUAUAGCUAUGUUCAUUUAUGUGCCAUUUAAAAAGUUAUAAUUUUCUUUACAAUGUAAAAGUAUAUAUACAAAGAAGUACUUUUUGUAAUGGAUCCAUUUUGUGGCUGCCUUCAUUAUCCUGGGACACUGUAUCAGCUAAGUCAUUAAAAAGGGGUCCCAAAAUGGGGGCUGCAGUUGCAUGUAGGUUGUAUGUACAUGCACACCUUUGAAGCACAAUCAUUUGAGUUAAGAUAUGAAAAUAAUAAUCAGAUUGUAGCUGUUAUGUUUAAUACAAUAAAGUAGAAAACUAUUUAGAAAGAAGCCUAACAGAGAUGGUACUGUCACUGAUUUGGUAGGAAAAGGACACAUCCCUGAAUUUUUCAUUUGCCAAAAAUAAAGUCUGACUUAAUAAAAACAUUUUAGAACUGCCUCUGAGAACCUGACCUGUUAUGUUUAUUGUAUCAAGGCACAUUCUUAUUAGGGGAGGUGUUAGCAGUACUGUGGGCCUUGGCUGUUACAGGCUUCUGGGCCAUUCUUACUGCUCAGUUUACUUCAGGUUGAUAGGAACUUUUGCUUUUGAAUUGUGUCCUGUUGUUAAUCAUCAUAAGAACUGAGCCAUUAAAUCAGUACUUGAAGGAUUGUAUUCUCAGAAAAUUAUAGUUCACUUUCUAUUCCUGUCAGCCCACUCAGGGGGUCCAAGGGAGAUUUUUGCAGGUGAGGUCUUGUUGUUAAAGACAUAUGUAAGACAACAGCAACAGCGGGCAGCAUGGAGCGGAGCAGGGAGGCAGAGUGAGAGUGAGCGCAAGAGCUACCUGCAUCUUUUACUGUAUAAUUCGUACAUAGGUUGUUGUCUCAUGGUCACACUCUUACAUAGUGCUGUUUACCUGUGCUAAGUCAUGGUCAAUAACUAUCCCACUGGAUGCCUGCACUAGUCAAGCACGGUCAUGUCCUCAGAUGACCUUAGACACCCUUGAGCUUUGAAGCAGUCUGAAUGGUUCCUCAAUAGCCCACCCCUUCAAAAUGCUCUAUAAAAUGUUCUAUAUGUAACAGGGUGCAAGUGCAUGUCGAAAAAUCAAGAACCAUGUGGUUUUGCAAAACCACUUUUUUCAUUUGAGUAAUUUCAUCCAUAAGCAACAACAAAGGCUGGAAUAUAACAUAAGGCCUGGGCUAUAUGUUGAGCAUCAGCUUCAACUUGGAGGUCUAGAUCUGUGGUCAUUGCCCCUGGUCAUAUGCUAUAUGGCAUCCCAUAUGCAGCCGUCUGUGUUUGGUCGGACACUAUUCUCUGUUCAUAGUGGUCAACCAUUACAAUACCUGGUCAGUGCACCUGUUAAGUCAUUUCCCUGUGAGGAAGGGUCUAUGUCCUGAACCAUGAUACUUUGCAUGGUCAGCUUUUUGGCCACAAUCUCAUACAUCUCACUGCAGAUCGGCACCCUCUAAAGGAUGGUGCUUUAUAGGACAUCAGUCCCAAGAUGACCCAAUUGUCUGUGCACUUACUUAGGGGGCCUUCAUCAUGUAUCACAAGCAAUCACACUGUCUGCAACUCUGGCUAUUGGCUCAACCUUCCUGUUCUAGUUUCAAACCAGAAUACUUCCGUACAGGGUGGGACAGCGACUGCGGUCCAUUGUAGAGUUGGGUCAUAGCUAGACCCAUUAGUAUGUCCAGUGUCAGCUGGAGGUCUGUCUUCUCUUUUAUGGGGACUUGAGGUCAUGUUCUGUAGCUCAUCCACCCAGAUAUGAUCCUGGGCCAUGUAUAUCAUGAGUGUCUAAAGCAUUGCUAGUUUGGCUACCAGCAGGCUAGCCAAGAGAAAGGCCACUAUUGGAGGUAUAUCCCCCAAAACAUGAGAGUAGGGGCCUGUGCUACUCUACUCUUGGGGUGGGCUGUUCACAUCCAUACCAGCCCUCUGUCCCAUGAUUUCUCAGAGGCAUGCAGAGCAGUGUACACUGUUGCUGUUUAUCAGUUGGAAUAAAAGAACUUCUGCAACUGUUAACAAAACCCACCAGUGUUGGGUUUUUGCCACAGGCCUGAGUCAAAUCCAUCAUCACCCAUACUGAUAGUUAGCAUAAAUGGCAGAUGAGGGUCAGUGACUUAUAGGGCUUGCACCUAUGCAACAGCCCUAUUUGAGUCCUGAAAAGCAGCUUCCUCUAGAUCUGGCCAGCCCCAUGUUGUACCCCUUCUGGUCAUCCUGUAUAGAGAACACAGCAAGGUAACGAGGUGUAGUGCAUCUACCAAAAACCUAGCAAACACGUACACACCUGUAAUUGGUGUACUGUCGUGGGUCUGGUCUUAACACCCAAGAAUUGACAGACAAGCUAGAUCCCUGGACCUUGUCUUCAUUUAUGGCCCACCCUCAGGCCAACAAAACUUCCUUCAAACUGUGUACAGUGGCUUUCAAAGCUGCAAGGCAAUCAGGUUGACAUAAUAUCAGUACAUAACAGUACUACAGUGUAGCUUGACCCAAGUAGUCAGGUUUUGGGCUACCAGUCCAUGACACAAAGUUGAGCUAUGCAGAUAGCCUUGGGUCAACAUUUGGAAGGCCCAUUGCCUGCCGUCCUGGGUGAAGGCAAAUUGAUCCUGACUGCCAGCAUCGGGGUAAGACUUUAUUGUCAUCCACUAUGAUCUAUCUAGCUUCUGCAUGGGCCAUACUGAAGGGCUCUGUGCAGGGAGUAUUAUCCCUGCUUUUUCCAAUUUCAAGACAGUCCUAUCUUUUUAAGACUGCCAGGCAGCCAGUACUGCUUCAUGCACACAACUCAUGUGGCCCGUGACAGAAGUGUAUGAUGUGAGUGGCUAAGAGUACACAAAUUCACAACAGGAAUUAACCCUGUGUGGUGUCUACCUGAGCACCAGUCAGUAUGUGCACCUCCAGUGUGUUUUCAGCAACCAGGGAAACAAGCAUCAUACAGGCAUGGGGGCAAGCACCCAAUACCCAAAAUUACCUGGAUCUUCUAGACCAUGAUGUGACCUCUGUAUCCUGUGCAUGCAGUAGAUCCUGUAAAAUGGUCUGGAUUUCCAUAUAUUAGUAUUGACUCAGCUCUGGUACCCAUCAAUGCUAGUACAUACUACAGAGUCUUUGGGGACCAGUAAAUAGUUCCACAUGUGGCCUCCAGUCUCCUGGGACCCCCCAAGACCUGAGUACUUCAGUGCUUCCUAAUCAGAAAAAAAGGAGACCAGUGUCACUUCUUGCUUCACUGGAGCUGCUUUGGCCUUCUGGCUCAUUGGCUGUUAUUGCUGCUCAGGGCCUAACUGCCUCCAUGGAGUCAGCAACACAUCCAAAGGCUGCCCAUCUAACUUAUCUGUAGCUGGGCUAGCAGCCAGCAGGUCCGUCCAAAUCUGGCGCCAACUGAUCUUCAAUGGCCCAAUAGCCUGUACCUGGGGGGACUGCCCUACUUGCCUGGAGUCCCCCUUGUUGUCCUUUGCCAGUUCAGUUUUUAUCGAUCUCACCUUAGUGUGGUGCUUCACUUCUACGUCUCCCAGCCUGACCAAGGCAUCAUCAGCAUCAAAGAUCAGGUGAUCUGUAAAGGGGGCUAGAAGGGCUGCCACUGUCCCACUUGCCAAGAUAAUAUCCUUGAUGUGUGCCAUCAGCAGUUCCUCAUCUAGGCUAUGGCACUGCAGUGCAGACAUCAUCUGCUGCGUGCCCAUUAUAUGUAGCAGGUCACCUGGAUUCUCCCAAACAUUUAUCAUAGUCUGAUCACCUGCUUCUGGGGCCGUCCUCUGAACAUCCUGCAGAACCCAUCUCAAGAGGGGCUUCUGGCUAUGCUGGCUGUUUGGGACAUCUCCUGUGGGUUUAACUGCAUGUUAUCAGCCCCAUCGUCCCACAGCCAUAGUGUAGCGCCUAUGUAAGCACUGUUUCACCCACCUUCUGCUUCAAUCAUUUUGCCAGCUCCCACAGCUCCAUGGCUAUAUAGUCAUGUACACUGUGAGUGGGUAGAGCUAGGCAGCCCUCCCAGUCCUCCCUGGGCUAGGGGUUCCUAUAGCUCCACUUUUUGAUAAAUGGCCAGCAUUGUGUGCAAAACCAGGACAUUUUCUGGGGGUUUUCUCGGACAUGAGAACAUGUGUCUAGAGGCAUUUUUGGAGGAGGCAAUGCUUCCCGUGCCUUGCAGCAUGAACUCUGCAGAGCCAGCUGUUGCUCAAGGUUGUCUUUUAUCUGCUGCACCUAGUCUACUUGCCAGACAAGGCCAUCCACUUUUUGAUUUAUGCAGGAGAAGAAAGUGAAAAAACAGCCAACCAACUCAUCCAUCGCACUAUUGAGGGGGAGGAAUUUGUGUGUCACUUCUAAGUCUUGCAAGGCUCCAAACUAAUUGUUUCCUAGUUCUCCAGGGCUUUCCAGGCUGCCAAGCAGGUGACCACAUGUAGUCAUGGAGAGACCAGGGUUGCUUAUCAGCCAUUCCCCAGUGCUCUCCCUCAUCAUUGGACACUAUUUCCACAGCCAACACAGCAUCAUUCACUACAGUGUCCCAUUGUCUACACCAGUUGUGAGCCCACUCAGGGGCCCAAGAGAGAUUUUCACAGGUGAAAUCCCAAGGUUAAAAAUGCAUGUGUGCAAGACAUCAGCAACAGGAGCAGGCAGCAUGGAGCAGAACAGAAAACCAGAAUAAGAACAAGAUCAAGAGCCACCUGCGUCUUUAUUGUACAGUUCUUGUACAGGUUGUUGUCUCAUGUUCACAUUCUUACAUAGUGCUGUAACCAGCACAUGCAUGUUUGCCUGGCAGUCAUGGUUACGUAACUAUCCCAGUAUAUGCCUGUGCUAGAGAAGUGGAGUUACAUCCUUAGGUGUCCUUAGUUGCCCCUGAGCUGAAGCAGUUUGAGUGAUUCGCCACAAUUCCUAAAUCAGUUGACUUCACAAUACAAUUCUGGAAUUUGUAGGUGUGAUCCAGUAAGAGUUUAAAAGAAGGUAAUGGUGUUUAUCUUUUACUUAAAUACUACCAGUACUAAGAGCUUAGAAAAUGGAAAACAGAUUUUAAAAUGCAUGUUAGCUUUCCUAAAGUCAUUGAAUAUUUAAAUUAAUAUAGCGUAUUCAAACACAUCUUGGGGUUCUUGCAUAUAUCAACAGGCUGUCAUUAUCUGCUCUCUAAACCAAGCCAGUGCUUCUUAGUUGAAUGUUAUCAAAUAGACAUAGGGCAAUAAUCCUUCCAUUAAAAAUGUCCCUUUAUGUGCUUAUUAGAGCUCUUACACUACAAUAUUUUUCUGAAUCUAAAAAUGUUCUGAUUCUCCAAGGAACAUUGUCCUAUAAAGGGACUAACUGAUUUACCAAGUUCCCUGAAAGUGGAAAAGGUGAUCAUUAAGUUGUUUUAAGUAGUUGUGAAGUUUUUAGAGUUCAGUUGCAGAAUUCCUAUUCCUUCUUAUCCAGGCUCUUAAGAUUUUUAAACUUUGUUUUAACCAAAUGGUGCUACAAGGGGCAUGAGAACAUAUUUAGGUCUAUUUUAUAAUUCUCACCAUCUUGUUAGCGAGGAUAGAUGGAAUUAGGGUGCAGUAAAAAACAAUCUCCAGCUGAGCAUGGCCGGCCCACACCUGAAAUGCCAAUACUUUGGGAGGCUGAAGCAGGAGGAUCAUGAGUUCAAGCCCACCUGGGCAACUCAGCAAGACACUGUCUCAAAAAAUAAAAACGGCUGGGGAUGUAGGUUAAUACGAAGGCCUUGGAUUCAUUCACCAGUACUGGGGGAAGAAAUGCUCCAAAUCUGUACCUUAAACACAUACACACUGGACCUUGGAAAGGUGCUCUCCAUAUGUUGGCCAGCAUCUCAGGUUACUUUGAUUGUGAAGCACCACUGUGACAAGACGAGUUUCCCAGAUUAAGGGGGCAAGGAAACAGAAGCCUAGAGAGUCAAACUCCUGUAGUUAAGUGCUUAGCCUGGAAGUGACACGUUUCUUUUGCCUAUAUUCACUAGUUACAAGGUUAUGUAACUUUAAGGAGAUAGGAUAGUAUACUUCUGUGAUCUUUGGAAGUUCAUGAAUACUUGAUAUUGGGAAGCAAUCAGUUAUAUAUCUUAUACAAUUCAAAAUGACCACCAUUAUAAGCAGUGCGUAUUACAUGUGUUUUCAGUUAUUUUCAGUGAAUCCUGGUACAGAAAAGUUUUAGAGACAUUUUGUCUUUCCUGAUUACAAAACUACAGGGCUGGGUGGUGGUGGGGAAAUUCUUGCACAUAGGCAAUUGUGUCCAUGAGCUGUGUCACUGUGAAAUAGUUAGCCCCUCUGACCUGUGCUUUCUUAGACAAAAAUGGCGGUCAUAAUUUCUGCCAUAUGGUCUUGUGAAGUAACAACACAGUGUUUUUCAGUGCCUGAUACAUGAGAUCUCAAAUAGCUCACAUUAUUAUUCCUGUUUAGUUUAUUUUUUUUUUUAAUUUUAUUUAAAGAAAGACUAAACAAAACAGAAAAUGGGCAGAAAUAAUACAUAUUUUAAAAGAAAAAAAUAAACAGUAAGAAAUCACUAGUUGAUGAUUACAGAUUGUCCUCUUGCAAAUAGUUAUUCAACAUACUAAAGUGGAGCAUAUAAAGUGGGAUUCAAACAGUGAGACUGCAGCCAGUUCUGUUCAGCUAUCCAACAAAAACUUAGAAAUAUGGUUAUCAAUCCUGUACACUUAAACAUACAUGGAGUUAUCCAUAUCUUCAAUUAUGUUGAGACUGAACAAACCCAAGCAGGCUAAUAUCACUCUGAACAAAGAAUAAUACUAUUGCUGGGUUUCACAUUAUGACACGCUAGGAUCAGCACUGGGUACUUUAGUGUCUCUUUUUCUUCAGAGUAUCUGUUCAUUUCAUCAUGUGUCAUAAGAUCAGUUCUCAUAACUGUUUAUAGAUUCUAUACAUGCAUGAGUCUUAACAUGUAUUUCUAUCCUUUCUAUAUUAGAAGGAGAAACAAAACAAAGCAAGACAAAACAAAACAUAUUCCUAUAAACACAUGAAACGAAAAAGACAUAUAAAACCAUUGUACAAGGAGUUCUACCAUAGUUCCUGUGUUGUCUCUUGUUAUCGUCAAUAGAAUUGGCUGUAUCAUCAGACAUAGUAUAAUUGAAUAUAUCAGUACAUAACAGUAUUAAUAAAAACAUAACUUUGUAUAUAGUAUAAAACUUCAAAAACAGGCAGUUAUUAAACCAGAAUAUAUAUCAUAGACUCUUCCUCCCCUUUCACUUCCCCAGGGUACACUGUGCAUUUUUAAAACCAAGACCCUUGGUUUUAAAUUGUGUGUGUGUGGGAGGGACCUGCUAUUUACCUAAGUAGUUCCCAACCUUCUCUCUCCUGGACUUGAUCCCUAAUUAUAUUCCUUUACCUAUUAAAGCCUGUCUUUCCAACCUAUCCACAAAUACUGGUCUCAUUGCCCCUAUUACUCUCUGGUUCUCUGUCACAUAGAGCAUUGUUUUUUCACUUUUGAUUUUCAGUCCAUAUACUCUUUUUCAUGUUAAUUAUAUUUCCUAUAAAUAGCAUCUCGGUGGACCCUGCCUCCUGAUCUACUCCAUGUGUGGUUCUUUUUUAUUUUUUUUAAUUUAGUGUAUCCAGGCCAUCUAUAUUAGAGAUUAUAACCAACCUUCUCUGCCUCAUUUCUGUUAUGCUCUUUUUUUUGCCAUCAGUUGUCUGCUUAUCUUCUUCAUUCUGUUCUCUGUUCCAUUCAUUGAGGCUUCUCUGCCACUGUUCCUGGAAUCCUAGUACUUUUCUCUCUCUCUAGAAUGCCCUGCAGUAUUCGUUGUAGAGUUGGAUUGGUGGUUGCAAAUUUUCCAAGUUCCUCUUUGUCUUGGAAGCAUCUUGUUUCUCCAUUUAAUUUCUAGAGACAGUUUAGCAGGGUAUAUCAAUCUGGGAUGGAGGUUAUUUUCUUUCAGGGCUUGGAAUAUUUCACUCCAGGUUCUUCUUGACUAGAUGGUUUGUGUUGAGAAGUAUGCCAUUAUUCUGAUGGGCCUUCCUUUAUAGGUUAUCUGUUUCUUGUCUCUAACAGCUUUUAAUAUUCUGUUCUUAUAUUGAAUUUCUGGGAUCUUGAUUAUUAUGUGCCUGGGUGUAGCUGUGUUUUGAUUGUAGGUGGCUGGAGUUCUGUAUGCCUCAUACAUCAAAAUAUCAUUUCCUUUUCCUGUGUUUCCUUAAUUAUUUCUGUGAAUAGCCUCUGUAGUUCCUUUGUACCCCUGCUUCUUCAUUUACAUUCUUUAUUCUCAAGUUAUAGAUCCUCUUGUCAUCUUCUAGCCUUUGUAUUGUUACUGCUUGUUCUCUUGUUAUUUUUAAAAAGUUUUUCCUUUCAUAAUCUCACAUUGCAAAACUGUCCUCCAGUUUGGAUAAUCUAUCCUUAGUUUCUUUCAAGCAGAUUUGCCAUCUUUCUGUAGAGUUUUUAAUUUCCUGGUAAUCUCUUUGAAUCUGCUUCAUGUAUUCUAUUAUUUUCUUUAUAUUCUUCAUCAAAUGGUUCUCUCCUUUGAGUUCCUCCCUUCUUCUGUCUGUGUCUGCUUAAGGGGUGCUUAGCAUCUCUUUUAUUAAUCUUCUUAUAUCUUGCUUUACUUGGCUAAAUAUUUCCCUUUUGAACUCGUCUACGAGGUCCCAAAGAUAUCUCUCUAUGUCCACUGGUACCGUGUCUGAUAAUGUAUGUUUGCUAUUCUCUCUUUUUUUUUAAAUUUUUAUUUAAGGAGAAAAAGAAAAAAAGGCAGAGAAAGGGUACAAGUUAUACAGAUUUACAGAAAAAAAUAAA